AUGGAGGUGCGCAGUCCCAGUAUAAGGUACAAAACUGAUUAUCCAGAAUUCCCUCUUAUACCUACACCGCCAUAUUCCUUCUCACACCUCCACCGCCAUAUUCCCCCUCACACCUCCACCGCCAUAUUCCCUCUCACACCUCCACCGCUAUAUUCCCUCUCACACCUCCACCGCCAUAUUCCCCCUCACACCUCCACCACCAUAUUCCCCCUCACACCUCCACCGCCAUAUUCCCCCUCACACCUCCACCGCCAUAUUCCCUCUCACACCUCCACCGCUAUAUUCCCUCUCACACCUCCACCGCCAUAUUCCCCCUCACACCUCCACCACCAUAUUCCCCCUCACACCUCCACCGCCAUAUUCCCUCUCACACCUCCACCGACAUAUUCCUUCUCACACCUCCACCGCCAUAUUCCCCCUCACACCUCCACCGCCAUAUUCCCUCUCACACCUCCACUGCCAUAUUCCCUCUCACACCUCCACCGCCAUAUUCCCUCUCACACCUCCACCGCCAUAUUCCACCAUAUUCCAUCUCACACCUCCACCGACAUAUUUCUUUCUCACACCUCCACCGACAUAUUCCUUCUCACACCUCCACCGCCAUAUUCCCCCUCACACCUCCACCGCCAUAUUCCCCCUCACACCUCCACUGCCAUAUUCCCUCUCACACCUCCACCGCCAUAUUCCCCCUCACACUUCCACUGCCAUAUUCCCUCUCACACCUCCACCGCUAUAUUCCCUCUCACACCUCCACCGCCAUAUUCCCCCUCACACCUCCACCGCCAUAUUCCCCCUCACACCUCCACCUCCAUAUUCCCUCUCACACCUCCACCGCCAUAUUCCCUCUCACACCUCCACCGCCAUAUUCCCCCUCACACCUCCACCGCCAUAUUCCCCCUCACACCUCCACCUCCAUAUUCCCUCUCACACCUCCACCGCCAUAUUCCCUCUCACACCUCCACCGCCAUAUUCCCCCUUACACCUCCACCAACAUAUUCCCCCUCACACCUCCACCUCCAUAUUCCCUCUCACACCUCCACCGCCAUAUUCCCUCUCACACCUCCACCGCCAUAUUCCCCCUCACACCUCCACCGCCAUAUUCCCCCUCACACCUCCACCGCCAUAUUCCCCCUCACACCUCCACUGCCAUAUUCCCUCUCACACCUCCACCGCUAUAUUCCCUCUCACACCUCCACCGCCAUAUUCCCUCUCACACCUCCACUGCCAUAUUCCCUCUCACACCUCCACCGCCAUAUUCCCCCUCACACCUCUACCGACAUAAUCCUUCUCACACCUCCACCGACAUAUUCCUUCUCACACCUCCACCGCCAUAUUCCGUCUCACACCUCCACUGCCAUAUUCCCUCUCACACCUCCACCGCUAUAUUCCCUCUCACACCUCCACCGCCAUAUUCCCCCUCACACCUCCACCGCCAUAUUCCCCCUCACACCUCCACCUCCAUAUUCCCUCUCACACCUCCACCGCCAUAUUCCUCUCACACCUCCACCGCUAUAUUCCCUCUCACACCUCCACCGCCAUAUUCCCCUCACACCUCCACCGCCAUAUUCCCCCUCACACCUCCACCGCCAUAUUCCCCCUCACACCUCCACCGACAUAUUCCUUCUCACACCUCCACCGACAUAUUCCUUCUCACACCUCCACCGCCAUAUUCCCCCUCACACCUCCACCGCCAUAUUCCCUCUCACACCUCCACUGCCAUAUUCCUCUCACACCUCCACCGCCAUAUUUCCUCUCACACCUCCACCGCUAUAUUCCCUCUCACACCUCCACCGCCAUAUUCCCCCUCACACCUCCACCGCCAUAUUCCCCCUCACACCUCCACCGCCAUAUUCCCCCUCACACCUCCACCGCCAUAUUCCCUCUCACACCUCCACCGCCAUAUUCCUCUCACACCUCCACCGACAUAUUCCUUCUCACACCUCCACCGCCAUAUUCCUUCGCACACCUCCACCGACAUAUUCCUUCUCACACCUCCACCGACAUAUUCCCUCUCACACCUCCACCUCCAUAUUCCCUCUCACACCUCCACUGCCAUAUUCCCUCUCACACCUUCUCCUUAAUAUUCCUUCUCACACCUCCACCGCCAUAUUCCCCCUCACACCUCCACCGCCAUAUUCCUUCUCACACCUCCACCGACAUAUUCCCCCUCACACCUCCACCGACAUAUUCCUUCUCACACCUCCACCGACAUAUUCCCUCUCACACCUCCACCUCCAUAUUCCCUCUCACACCUCCACUGCCAUAUUCCCUCUCACACCUUCUCCUUAA